AUGCCCAGCAAGUCUGACGUGCCUGAGGUGUUCAAAAAGCCAUUGAAGCCUCUCAGUGCCCAGGUGGGUAUUCUGUCCUCGCUGUGGCUGGUUCAACUCGCUGAUUCGCAAGCUUCUCCUUGUCGUCGGCAUUGGCUAUCGUUGCUUUGGUGUAGCCUCGCUUCGGCUUUCCGCAAGCUACUUCACGAGGCGCCAUCUCGAGCAGCACCAAUGUGUCGAGUGCAAAAGUGAAGGGCAAGGCGAAGCGGGUGGAGACGAUUGAUCUGAGUCCGUGCUCGAUCGACUCGCUCAGCGUUGUCACGGCUUGUCAUCCAACUCACGCGAUGCGCCUGCUUCUAGCAGCUGAGGAUGACGACCUUCUCGAACCAGUCAAGCGAACAAAAAAGCUCCCAAAUGAACUUCCGACAUCACAGCAGGACCAAGGUCUCUGGGUCGAGCAAUACCCCCCGAAGGUUCGGGUACGUCGUGUCCUCCCUCGUCGCUGUUGAGCUCGCCUGCUCUGCUACGGCGCUGACCAAUUUCCCUCUCCGAACUCCGACAGGACUCUUUAGCCGUACACAAGAAGAAAGUGUCAGACGUCGCAUCCUGGUUCGACGAAGCUUGGAAACCCAAGCUCGCGAAAUGGCGAAGGGUGUUGGUGCUCAGUGGUCCGGCCGGAGCGGGCAAGACCGCGACUGUCAAGGUGUUGGCAGAGGAAAUGGGUGUCGAGAUCCUCGAAUGGGGGAAUGGGGGUAAUUGGGAGGUCGCCAAUGAUUCGGGUAAGUCUGGAAUUGGGGGUCUUAAGCGAGUUGCUCGAGGCCGGCAACACCUGACGUCGGGGUCAAAAAUCUUGGCUAGGUCGAGAGUCCAUCGUGCACCAGUUCACCUCAUUCCUCGCCCAAGCUGGUAUGGCACCCGCUCUCCAACUCGGACCCGAUCCCUCUCUACCUUCCACUCAACCCAGGCCAUCCACUUCAAGCCACAAAGCUGAGGAUCUCUCCUCCCGUUCCAAAGCUCCUCGACUGAUCCUCCUCGAGGACCUGCCCAACACGUCACACUACCCGACCAAACUGGCUUUCCGAUCCUCCAUCCAGCAAUACCUCGCUUCCCCUCGCGUCACCUGUCCUAUCGUGAUCAUCAUCUCCGAGGCUCUCUCCCGUCCUGGGGCCGACUCGAUCGAGAACAACGCCGGUGGGGGUUUGAUGUUUGAUUCGCGCAAUUCGGAUUCGUACGAUGCGAGAUCAGUUCUCGGAAACGAGGUACUGUUGCAACCGGGCGUGAGGGAGAUCAAGUUCAACGCUAUUGCUCCUACAGUCAUGAAGAAGCCCUUGCUUCAUAUACUCGAUCAAGUUUACGAAAAUGCGGACAGGGCACCCAGGGGGGCCAAACCGAGUGUGACUGCGGUCGAGCAAGUGAUCGCGUGCUCGAAUGGGGACUUGAGGUCCGCUUUAAUGAGUUUACAGUUCUUGGCAAGCUGCGAUGAUGCGAAAUGGGGUGGGGAGGAUGCGAAGAUUAGAAAGGGCAAGAAGAGGAAGAGCGAUGGUCAGCCUGUGGGCGAGACUUCUUCGGGAAAAGACCAGGUUAAGAAGCUGUGAGUGGCGUGAGGGAUUCCCUGGGGAGUGGGCGGGAACUUAUCAGAUCUGUUUUUCCUCAUGCAGAUUACAAUUCGUCACCUCGCGAGAAGCCUCGCUCUUCAUCUUUCACGCCUUGGGGAAGGUGCUCUAUUCGAAACGAUGGAACAUAUCCGCCGAAGAGGACAAGAAGGACUUCAACCGAUCCGGGAUCCUCCAACGGCCCUCCACCUCGACCCCCCUCCCCAAACCCCCUCGUCAUCUUCGCGCCAAAUACUCACGCGAACCCUCCAAAGUCGACCCGGACCAACUCUUCGCCGAAGCUCCUAUCGAUCCGGAUGUUUUCCUCUCCUAUCUGCACCACAACUACGCCCAUUACACCACCUCGAUUGAACAAGCCUCCGAGAUCCUCGAAUCCUACUCCAUCUCGGACUCCCUGAUGCGGUUCGAAGGGGAGAACGAGUCUUCCUCCCUCCGACGGGUCCCUCUGACAGGUCAGUACUCCUUCGCCGUCGCGGUCAGAGGAACGCUCUUCCAUCUCCCCAGUCCAGUACCGAAAAAGAAGCAGACGUUGAGGAAAUCUGAGGUAUGGGAUCAGUUGAAGAGGACGAGGGAGAAUGAAGAGCUCUUGUACAACUUUGCUUCGAAGGGUUAUUUGGGGGAGGAUUUGAAAGUGGGGAAAGCGACAAGGGUCGAUCGGGCUCCUUUGGUCGGGAGGAUGAUGAGGGAUAAGGGGAGUGGUGGUGGGGUCCUUAGGCAUGCGGCUUUUUUGGUUCAGUUGGCGACGUUCCCGACCGUUUCGAUGGCCGAGACGCAGAUGGUCGUGAGAGGGGAGGCGUUGGAGGAGAAGGAGACGCUUGAUGAGGAGGAAGAAGAGCCGGCUGACGAUGAUGAUAGGGACGAGCCGAUGGACCACGCUUUCGAAGAGGUCAUAGUGGAGGAAGAGUUGUACGAUCCCGACGAUGAUAUCGAAGAGUGA